UCUCUACCCCCUUUCGGUGGAUUUUCAUUUCAACCUGCAAAGGCCUCUCUGCUCUCUCUCUCUCUCUCUCUCUUCUUUCUCUCUCAUCUCGCAACCAUCUUCAUCUCAUUCACUCCUAUCUCCUCCAAAAACAAAAAAAUACCAAAAAAAUAAAAGAAAAAAAUAAAUAAAAGCAAGUCAAUAGAGAUUCUGGUUGGGGCAAGAGUUUCACUGAUCAGGCAGGCAUACCCUUGAUUAGCUGAAUUCACCUCUUCAGAUUAAGAAACCUCAGAUUUGCCAAAAAAAAAAAAAAAAAAAAAAAGGAAAAAUUGAAUUUUAUUUAGGUUGAAAAGAAAAAGGAUGGAUGCUAAUUCAUGGGCUGCUCGUUUGUCUUCUGCCUCCAAGCGCUAUCAAUCUGCUCUUCAAACUCGAUCUGGAAUGAAAUGGGAUGGGUUUGAUGCAGAAAUGCUAAUGGGGUUUGAGGAAAUCGAGGUGGAUGACGACAUAAGGGAAGAAUAUCCAUGCCCUUUUUGUUCGGACUAUUUUGAUAUUGUUGGACUUUGCUGCCACAUCGACGAUGAACAUCCUGUAGAAGCGAAGAAUGGGGUUUGUCCAGUUUGUUCGAUGAGGGUGGGUGUCGACAUGGUCGCUCAUAUUACCUUGCAACACGGCAAUAUCUUUAAAAUGCAGAGAAAGAGAAAAUCAAGAAAAGCCGGUUCACAUUCGACGCUGUCUAUGUUGAGGAGGGAGCUGAGAGAAGGGAAUUUGCAGUCACUUUUUGGAGGCUCUUCGUGCGUAGUUUCUUCGACCAACGCCGCCCCAGACCCUCUUUUAUCAUCGUUUAUUUUGCCCAUGGUUGAAGAUUACGAAACUGCUCCCACCCACUCUUCUGCUGAGUCAGCAUUAGUCAAGAAAACCACAACUGCUACCAAUUCGGAGAGCAGAAAAGUGAAGCAGGCACCAAUGUCGAUAAAAGAUAAGGAGGAGAAGGCAAAGAGAAGUGAUUUUGUUCAAGGACUGCUUUUGUCGGUGAUGCUCGAUGAUAUUUUGUAAGUUGUUGGAUAGCCGCCAUAUGUCGAAUUUGGUUGGAAACUGCAAUAUGGGAGCGGCCUAUUUUCGGCCACUAUGCCCGUUUUAUCGAUAUGGAAAGUGAAAUAAGUUUGUAGCAAUAAAUGUAAUUUAUGUUAUGUAGAGUUUAGUUGUAGCUUAAAAUAAUAUUGGUUGAUGUAUUUCCUUUUCCUUUUUGUUUUUUUUUUUUUUUUUCUUUUUCUUUUUGGUGUUGUCCUUGUUGUUGUGAUUCAUGCUUAAAUUUGGUGAUGAUGAUAUGGUAAACUUGUUGCAUUAUCUUAUGAUUUGCAUCUUUAUUAUAUCGGUUGAGUCCAUGCUGCACAUGUGUGGUGUAUGA